UGCAAGUGUAGUGUCAUCUUCCUGUGCAAAUCAAAUGCAGUGCAAUGUAAAAUGGCUGAUAAUACUCCCCCCGUAUUGCAUUUUGAAGAGUAACGGUUCGAACGACCAAAUAUGUGAUAAAAACUCAAAAAGUAAAAACUACGUAGCAUAAGUGCAUUCCAAAACCGCUGUCAUGGCAAAACCGAAGCAUGAGUAAAAUGUAGCAUUAGAUUAACACAUUAUCGAAUAAUAAUAAUACUCAUCUCACUGCCCUAAACUACAAUGGCUACAAUGAUGUAUCCAACGCUGACUAAAUCUCAGAGUAUGCGUUCUAAGAGAAAGUCAGCUGUGGAGUUGCUUGCCGAGAGCAAACCCUUUUACGUCAAAUCGGAGAUAGUAAGGGACACGACUCAGGCCCUGCCAUCAAGACCUAACUCGAACUUUGGCUCCUAUGGAACUUACAACCGUAGCAAGUCCGUUAAUGUGACCGGGCAAGGAAUAAACUAUAGACCCACAACUCUCCCUCAAUACAUGGCUGUAUCCCCCUCAAGGUCCUUGCCCCCUCUCACACACCGCCGUUCAGUACAUUCCGGCAACAGCGACAUGUUGCAGAACAAGCUGCGUCAGCUACUGGUGUGCGACAGCGCGGAGGAACUCUGUGUCGAACAGAUGGCCCCGCUCAGUCCGCCCGCCGAAUAUGCGCAGCGUUGCCAUAAAAGCCUCCCCGACCUACACUGCAGAGGGGAACCUAGCUCGAAUAAAAGUAGCAAUAAGAGCCUCUCCAAUAGGGACAGCGGGGGAUCUAGCGGACACUACACUCAACGCAGCGAACCGGCGCCACCACCUAGACAGGAGACCCGCCGGGACUCGGGCUCAAGCACGCAGCACAGCGGCGGCAGCUCGUACUACUGCUGCCAGGAGCCGGACUGUAGAGCCCGGCAGGUCUACCCGCCGCCCACCACAUUCAAACGACAGAAAUGCCUUCGCUAUAAAAGGGAUCGCCCGAUUCUCCGAUCCAAAUCCGACAUCAGCGACCGCUACUGGAGGCCCCCGGAGCCCCCCACCAGUCACCUCCAGCAGUUCUUCGAACACCUAGGCUUGACCAGCGACAGUUACGAGGAGAUGUUGAGCAACAGCGGCUCCUCCAAAAGCCCGAUAUUCUUUUCGGACGUAUCCACGGUAGAUUCCAGCAGACCGAUCGACAACGCGGACUACUACCCGUCGACUUAUAGAUCUAGUGAGCCCCCCUCGAUUGUCGAACGCAACGCCCGCAUCAUCAAAUGGCUGUGCAACUGCCGUAAAUUGCAGCUUACUUGAAUCCCCUCACGCGGGUGUCGGUAGGUACCUACGUUUCUUUUCACCGGCGAAUACUUAGGAUGUAUACGUAUCAGAUAUUUUAGGAGAAAAGUAUCUCCGAGGAGUAUUAUUGCUGUAUUAUGUACUUAAAUACCGAACAGUGUUAGGUGUCGAUCGCCCGUCGUGCAUGUAUAUGGGAUACUUUUUAAUGCAUAUCAGUCGAAGUAUAUGUUGAAAAAUGAUAAAAAUUCGAAAACCUUUUUUAUCGCUAAAAAGAACGUAUUUUUCGCUUGUUGAAAUUUUUUUAGACUGAUGAAAUUUUUCUGUCUCCUAUGGUAAAAUUGGUUGUGAGGAAAAUAGAUCUAACAUUAGAUUUAGAAGUAGCUUCGUUGGGACAUUGCCAUUUUUAUUUUGAUCCGAUUUGAAAAUAAAUGGAAAACCGUAAGUUAAAAAAUGGUACCUGCAUAUGUUGCAGAAAUGAGUGCGAAAAAUUUGGACCAUGGGCUGUCGUCUUUUGUUUUUGAGACACAGAAAUGAAGUAAAAAAUUCUUUUAAAGACCUGUAACUUUUUAAAGAAGUGAGAUUGUACCUUGAUCUAAAUUAGUUUAUUUUUUAUCUAAGAGGUACCCCUGAAGUAUAACCUAUUGGUUUCCUGACACCCUGCACAUUAAGAAAUACAAAUUGUUGUAAAACGUGUUUGCAUCCUCUAAAACUUUAUAAAAUUUGAUUCUAACAAUUAAUUUUUGACACCCUGUAUCUCAAAAAUAUAAGAAAAUAUGCUCGUAAUCCACAGAAAAAAAAUCGUCUUCUCUAAAUCUCGCCAACUUCUAAAUUUUUAGCAUUCAUUUCGACAACUCGUAUAUCAAAUUUCAUUCAAACAUUUAUAUUGCAAUUUUGAACAAUAUACUUCUGAAUAUUUUUUUUAUCAAAUUAUUUUUAUGAGGGUUGUUCAAAAAGUUCAUUGUCUGACAAAGCAAACACCAUUUUCUUUUUAAUUUCAUCCAGCAAGCUGUUUCUUUGAGUUUCGGAAGAGAAUUAGCUAGGAUUCAAAUCUGGUAAUUACAACGCAUGUGGACACAUGGUCUUAGAAGUUUGCAGCAACAACCAAAAAUCUGUGUGCAGACUUAUUUCCAUAAUGAACUUUAUUGUUGGCCAGGUGUAGAUGUUUAAACUGAACAACACCCUUCAAUUGGUCCAGUAGUGAAGACUCCCUGGUGGUAGGUGUUCUAUGGUCACCACACCAAAGAAUCUCCCAGAAAGAAUUUUUAAAGUCGAUUCUAACUCUUUUUGUAUGUUCUUUUACAACAAACUGCUUUUUAGCAUCUCGAAAUUCAGUUUUAUCCAUUUUUCAGAAUAGGUAUGUCAAAAGUUUAUUUGCAACCAACAAGCAACUAAAUAUACCCGUCGAAAGGUUCACACUUGACAAAUAUAUAAACAUUUGGUCAAAUUUGCACCAUCUCUUUGCCAACAACUUUUCGAACGACCCUCGUAUAAACUUUUUAUUAACAUUUAAACUUUGGAAAGAACCUUGAAAUUUGUACUUUUUGAGUAAAAUUUAGACCACUAUUUAUUGCAAGUGAAUUACGAUCUGAAAUUUUUUAAAAUAAUAUAAAAGGCAAUUAUCCCAACUUUAUUAAGCCAGUAUCUUCCUAAUUAUUCUGAACCUUCCGAGAGAAAUUACUAGAGUCGUGUAAUGUACAACGGGUACUGUGCAUGGCGGAUCUCAACAGUUUGCAUUAAAAAGUAAGAUUCUAAUUAUCGAAUAAGUAAAACGAGUGAGGCAAAAACCUUUCGUGUUGCCCAAACUUCUACAUUUCCUUUUAUACAAAAUUUUAAUGGUGUAAUUUAGUAUUAAGGAUCAAUUAAAUAUACAAUAUUAUUUAAUACAGUAUAUCAGGUCGACUGAUUGUGUGUCGUAAAUAGGCAGGUUAUUUUUUAAUCCAGAUGUCCAGUAUUGAAAUAUGUGUUACGUAAAAGAACUUCAACGUCUUUCUCUCAAAAAUUACUACAGUAGCAAAAGGAGCCCACUGAUCCAAUAAAUUCCUACCUAACUUUUUGUAAAUUUUGUAUAUUUUUUACGCCCCUAGGCUCUUAGGAGAGUAUUUUGCAGGUUUUCAGUCAUCAUUACCUUUUGAAUCAAUGUGAUAAUUCUAAUAAUUUGUUAAUGAUCUCAUAGUAAGAUCGUAGUUGAGAAGUUAUUUAAGUUUAAAAAAUUUAAGUUAUGCCGUUUUCAGGUUAAGUUAGGUACAAGUUUAUAAACAAAACGAUUGUUAUAUGUUCCUCCUUUUUAUAAUAAAUAUAUAGUAUUGAUUUUAUAUGAACAUUUUUUAUAGCUAUUAAAAUAUUUUGUAUUGUUA